AUGCCUCAAUCAGCAGCAUCUUUCCUCCCUCGACUCUCACUUUCCCGUGGCGACGGACCGUCGCUCCCACUUUUCAAUUCGAGACGCUCGCUGCGCAGCAAGCCUAGCGAGUACGACCUAGCCGAGCUCUCGCCGCGACCAGAGCAAUCCCUACUCUGGCCGGAACCCGCCCAGGACCGGAGGGCCGACCGCACACCCUCGCCCGCUGCCAAAAUGAAACGGCAGGUUCUCUUCGCGGGCCCGCCGCCUCCCAUAGCCACGUCGACGCUUCUAUACAGGGACGAAGAGACGCGCGUGGAGGCUUUGCCGCGAUACGGCGGCCCUCCUAACCAUACCGCCUCCCUCGGGGACACCCUGCGCAGCGUAUUCCUCGACCGGCCGCCGCCCGAACCACCUCGCGAGGUGUCCUCGGGCUUCGAUGCCGACUCGGUCUGGAGAAACAUACAGAGACGCGAGAGGGCCAUUCAGAAGGAUCUCCAACGGCUGCUCGACGUCCAGGCGGCAGGGCUCUCGGCGGGGCUGGGCCGGUCCCUGGACAAGAGCCCGAGCCUGACGCCGUCGUCUGCAAGUGACGCAGGGCGGAGCACGCCGACCAGCACGUACCACACUCCUCGGUCUCAAUUUCACUCUACAGAGUCGUCCAUGCGCAUGUCGCGCCAGGGCGACGUCAUCCCCGUCCGCCAGCCGCGGUCCAAGCCCAUGGGCCUGCGCUCAGCCCGGGCUGCCCUGGCCCGCAACAUGGCGUUGCUGGCUGACCUGAAGGUGGAAGAGGAUGCAAACCUGGCCGACGCCCUCAGCACGCGCAAACGGGCGCUGGCCCAGCUGCGAAAGAUGUCGGUGCGCCGGGAUGGCAUCGCCGACAAGUUGCGGGCGCUGGAGAACGCAGACGACGACCCGCUCACAAGAGAUCUGGCCCUUCUCAAUGACGAGCACCGGUCAGUUUCUACGGAGAUUUCUGAACUAGAGGCCAAGCUGGCGGGGCUACACAAUAGAAAGAGAGUGCUGGAAGAGCAGAUCGAGGACCUCAGCAACCAGCGAGAGUCGGGUCUGAGCGGCUACCGAGGGGCCCUGAAAGAGGCCGAGGAGCAUGUCGCAGCAACGCUGACCCGCCCGCCGGUGCGGCCUCUGGACCUCGAAGUCUUUGGUCGCGGAGCCGACGGCGCCGAGAUCAAUGGGGCCGACGACGCUGCCUUGAGCGGAGCCGAGUUCAUGCGCCUUCGUCCCACGCGAAGAACUAUAGCCAUGGCUCGGGAAUGGUGGGAGGGUGAGGUCAGGAUCCUCGAGCAACGCAAGGCCGCCGUGGACCAGGAACGGGCUGCGCUGGAAGACGGGGCGGGGGUCUGGAGAGACUGCGUCAAGCUCGUCACGGACUUUGAGUCCAGUCUACGGCGGCAGAUGAAGCAGCAGAGCACGAGUUCCGAAGACUCUGACGAGGCUGCAGACUCCCCCGAGCAGCGGAUGCGGGGCCAGCUCAGCGACAUGGGCGCCGUCAUCAAGAGUCUGGACCUGCACCUGGUGGCCGCGGAGAACAAGGGGUGGAACCUGCUGAUUUGCGCCAUCGGCGCCGAGCUCGAGGCCUUUAAGGAGGCGGAGGGCAUGUUUCGGGAAGCGCUCAGGGAGGCGGGAUACUCGGGCGGCCCGGACGAGGAAGACCGGACGCCUCGCCUGGGCCGGUCCGCGAGCGAGAUCAAAGCAGACCGCGACGCGAUGGGGAGCCAACACCUAGUAGACACGCGGGAUGAUGGUGAUGAUGACGACCCGGGCGCCGAGAGCAGCGACAACGAAGUCCCCGCCGACCUGCUCGUUUCGCACCACGACCCGCGCGGAGGGGGGGCGCGGCACGACAGUAUGAGCAGCGACGCGGCGGCCACGGACACGGAUGCACACGAUAGGGGAGAGCACAGCGAGAACGAGGUGCCGCCGGAGUUCUUGGCGGAGCACCAUCAUGAUGAUUAG